UCUCCAUAUAUUACCAAGUCGGCACUUUAUCACUCACUUAUCAGGUAGAUCCGCAACACGUAACUUCACAAGAGCCAUCUUUUAUCUGUCAGUCGGUGAACAAGUAGGUAGGUGCCGGUACAGUGAUAGCACAAAGGUCACCUACCUACUCUAUUUCUCCUCCUUUUGGCAUUCAUUGCCUUAUUUCGAGGCUUGAAAAGGCUGUUGACCAAACAUCCAUCUUCACAUAUACGUACAUACCGGUAACAUGGUUGAUCGCUGAUCGCUAAUCGUGCUGCGACAUUCUAGACAUGAUAAAAAUAAGCAUUUCAAAUUAAAGGCCAUCUUGACAGCCAUGCCAUUCAGAAAGUCCUUUUUUCAUGCAGCAGUACCAUAUCGUAGCGUAGGUGUCUGCUACCUAGGUACGGUACUCAAAGGUAGGCAAUAGAAAGGUAUGAGUCAACGCCGUUAACAUCACAAAUGGCGCACGUAUACGUAAGACUGUAGCUAAUUAGAUAGGUAUGCAGGUCGAUAGUGGCUUUACGAGGGAAUCAGUGAAUGCUCGAAGUUUCUAUCCUGGUUCUCCAUAUGUCAUGUCCUUACUCCUAUCUAACUGGUCACAUGCACGAAACCAAUGCGAGAAUCAUGUUACAAGCUGGCAUACGUGCCUACCGAGGCCAAGCUGUCCUUACUGCACUGUACUGCAUAGUGCUUUCCGAAUGAACCGCGAAACGCAAAUCCCCAUGUCCGUUCGCCGUGUUUGGGGUAAUCAUCCCAUCCUUUCUUUAAUUCUUCAGCUCCGACUUAGAUAAUAUAGGUAAGCUCUCGAUUUCUGUGUAACCAUAAACUCACUCUAAGCACGGGGUAAGUGUCACAUGCUUUUGUGGCUAGUGUCCUGUUUCAGCCACUACAUACAUGGAGGCUUGAAAGCGGGAUAUUCUUGUCGGAUGAUCAUGCGAGAUUCGGCUCUGCUUGCAAUCUACUCAGUCCUUGCGUAUCAAUCACAACAGGCAACAGGCCAUUGCUCCACUAUACGGAGUAUUAUCCCACUCGUAAGACAGUUUGAUAUUUGAUAAACGCCCUAUGAAUCUUUAAUUUUUUCAAGACUUUCCCUCUCUCGCAAAGAUGGAUCUCGCAUAUGAUCAUAUCCAAGAGGAAGCUCUCCAACCUGAUCAAAACAAGGAUAAAACGUCACAACCCGCUCCAACUCUCAAUGCCGAUUUCCAAGAAGCAUACAAAGCUAUAUCUUCUAGUCCUUGGGGCGCGAAAUUAGGUGGAUUUUUCGGAAGUGUAGUUAAACAGGUAAGAGAUGGAGGGUUGGUAGACACAUGAGGAAUUUAACUGAGUAAUCCUGUUUGAUCUACAGGGCGGGAAUGUUUAUAAGGAGGCUCAACAGGAGUUUAACACUGUCAGUGAGGAAGCUACCAAAGGGUUUACGGAUCUGAGAUCUUCAAUUAUUAGUCGCACUCGAGGAGUUACCAUUACACAAGCUCAGGUAGAUGCGAAAGCCGCCGCGGGGUCUACGAGUAAUGAAGGGGAAUCGUCUGCGAAAGAUAUAACAACAGAUGAAGCAUUGAAAGAAUCAGAAGGGGUUUUGGCAAGAUUAAAAUCAGAGGCUGCUAAGAGAUUGGUGGAGAUUCAGAAGGCAGAAGAUGCUGCAGAUGAGGCGCUUCUUAAGUUUGGAACCAACAUUCGAAACUUCUUGAAAGAUGCUGUUAGCAUUGCACCACCUACGUCGGAUGCAAAUGGACAAGCCAAUGCAGUUUUAUUCGAGAGUAAAGACUCUCAAGGGAAAAGAGUCAUUCAUACUACACGAUUUGAUGCUCAACUUCAUGUCAUCCAUUCUACACUUGAUAGCUUUACCACAGACCCAAUCAGCGAGGAAUUUGGACCCUGGGCUAAAAAUUUCAAUGUUGAGAAAAAGACAGAUGAUAUCAGUAAAGAUUUGGAAAAAUAUGAAGAAUUGAGAAGCUCAAUGGAGAAGUUGGUACCGGAUCAAGUCAAAUAUGAGGAUUUCUUCAAACGUUACUACUUCCUUCGUCACAGUAUUGAAACUGCCGAAGCUAAAAGGAGAGAUUUACUGAAAGGUAUGUUUGCUAUUCCUUCCAAUAACUAUCUUUGAAAUAUUUCUAAUAACAAAGCAAACAGGCGCCGUAGCAACCGAACAAGAAGAAGAAGUAAAAUGGGCAUCCGAUUCCGAAGAAGACUCAGAAGAUUCCGACGAUGAUGAAGAAUCUGAAGAAGAUGGAAAAACUGCAAAAGUAAAGACAACUUCCGAUAGACCAGGUUCCGCCGGAUCCUCUACAACUUUACAUGCUGCAACACAAGAAAAGGCAAAGGCAACUGAAACUACAACUCCCAAACCCACAGAACCUAGAAAAUCUAACGAUGAAAAAUCUCAAGCGGAUAGUGAUGGUAGUUAUGAUGUAGUGGGUGCAGCUUCGGGUGUCGCUAGUCGGGCUCCUAAUAGUCCAAAAGAGAAGGCUGCAAAAGCAGAUGCAAAGAAGAAUGAGGAGGGUGACGAUGAUGACAGUGAGGAGGAAGAUUGGGAAUAAUUGUUUGUGUAUGUGGGGAUUAAAUAUAUUUUAUGAUGAAACGGGCGUUACGGGACAAAUUUGAUUUCAGGAGUUUGGGAUUGGACUUUCCCCUUUUCAUUUUUUGCAAACGGCUUGGCCUGGCCUGUCCUGUUUUCUGGAACUUGGAAUAUCGCAUUCCAAUAUACUUUUCUAUUCUAUCGUACCUAUUCUACACUCCCCUGAUAGCCGAGUAGGUUUAUGUUUAGGUUUAGUCUCUGGGCUUUAGGCUUUAGGCAAUAAAUCAUAUAUCUUCCUUUGUGUAUAGCAACUUGUUUCGUUCUGUGUAUAAUAUGUUCUUUUCCUUUAAUGGCGAUG